GAGUGGCUUCUUGUCCAUAACCUCUAAUUUCUUGUAAAAAAAAUCUACUAAAUACAAAUCCCACUGUUACUUUAAACUAAAGAGAAAAUGACAUAAAAAGAGUAAUAAAAGUAAGAAAUAAAAAGAUUUAAAAAAAAAAAUUCACCAUACCACCGGUGGAAAACCUCCCCCAUUCUUCCCAACAUCAUUCUGUCUCCCAUCCUUCCAAUUCUUCUACCUUUCUGAUCGAUCUCAAUCAAAUUUAAUUCAUACACACCACAGGUGAAGACCCAGAACUGUUAGUGAUCUUUUCCCUUUGAGUCUUGACCAGCACUCUCACUGUCUCUUUUUCUUCACUUAUUCACCAUCUCGACAAGGAAUGAGAACGGUGGUAGAGAGAACAAUUGAGCUAAAAGUGUCUAGUUGAGGACAAAGAAGAGGGGAGGGGAGGGGAAGGGAAGGUUAGAAUAAGUGACAGUGAGAAGGUGGAUGUGAAUAAAAAGAGAGCUCUAUGCUAGUGGGGAAAGGGAUUAGAAUUAGAAUGGAUGGGAAAGGAAAUGGAAAAAAGCAAAAAUGCCAGCUUAAACCUUCUUCCUCCCUCACACCUGAGCCAGCCCUGCACUCCGCGCCCUGCGCCCCUGCACCAGCCUUGCUCGGCCUCGCCCGAACCAGCGCCCUUGCUUUGCGCCCCUGCCCCCUGCCUGCCUGCACCGCCCUGCUCCUACGCCCAAGCCUUGCGCCUGCACCCUUGCACCCGCCUGAGCCCGCUUGCUGCACCAACCCUGCACGCUGCGCCUGCGCCUGUGCACUUGCUCCUGUGCCCAGCCUUGCUCUGCACUUUCCCCUCUGCACCCCUGGCCUCUGCGCGCCUGAUCCUGCACUCUGUGCCUCUGCCCGCACCCAGCCUGUGCCCCUGCUCCCUGCUCUGCGCCUUGUCCUGUUCUUCAGCAAGAUGGCCCCACACCCAGAAGCCCCGAACAAGAGACAAGGCCAGAGACUCGUCCUUUGCUUUUCCCUGCAGAAAUCAGUAGCUUGUCGAGAGGUUAAAGGGGUUCAAAUUUUGGCGUAUUAGGAAUCAACGGUAAAAAAAAAAAAAAAAGGGUAGGAUCGGAAGGCUAGGAAGAGGAGGAUUUUUGCCCUUGCUCUUGUGGGUAUAAAUAGAGAGUUUUAGGUUAGAAAAGGGGGUUCUUUGGUCUGUUUUUUGGUGUUGGCGACAGUGGUAGAAACGGGUAGUUGUUGGAAGCAUUGAAGGGGUGAUCGAACGGAGAUAGCUUAGCCGAAGAGAGUUUAUAUUUUUCUGGGUUUCCACCUUAGGUAAGCGUCUGGAACUGGGAGAUUUCAGGAGGGGUGGUGAAGGUGAUGGACAGAGCUUGAUCCCGUGGUUGGGAUUCCUCCGUUUGGCACUUUGGCGCCAGAUCUACCGCUUUCCUGGAAUUUCAACUUUAGAUUUUUACUGUUGUUGAUGUCUUGUGUUAUUUUAAUGAUGAGUAUUGAGAUCUACAUGUAAAAUGUUGAAAAAUGUUGAAAAAUGAAUGACAAAUUUGUUA